AUGGCAAAUAAUGAGGCGACCUGCAGUUCUAGGACUGUCAGGCGAUGGCCUGCAGGCCGCAUCGUUUGUAUACAACUGAACGUGUAUGGUCUAUAUCGCAGGCCACGACUGCAGGUCAAAUUUCAGUCCAUUGCCUGCAGUCCGCCUGUACGUGAAUGGGUACCAUAUGGUACCCAUUCACGUACAGGCGGACUGCAGUCCCGAACUGUGAACGAUCUGGCCGUCAGUCCAAAUUUCAGCAUACACGUACAGGUGGCCGGCAGGUCUGUGCCUGCAGUUUACAAAGAUUGCACAAAAAGUGCCUUUCGAAAGGAGCACAAAAAAGUUCUAAAAUCAAAAAGAAGUGGAUCAUCUACAGAAGAGCUGUAUGAGCCAACUCUUUGGUAUUAUAAAUUACUGCUUUUUACGGCUUCGCAGGAAGAACCUAGGAUGUCAGUUUCAAAUGAUGAUGAGUCGGAGUCGGAGGGUGACGAUGCCAAUAAUGAGGAAGAUGUCACCCAGCAUGAUACUCAAUUUUCACCGCUUACUGAAGAUGCGUUGCAAGCACCGUCUGAAAUAUAUCAGCUAUCACCACCACAAACACCGCAUCAGUCAUCAACCUAUUCACGUCCAUCAACUUCCAGAUCUUCUAAUAGUGCAAAAAGAAAGAAGUAUGGACAGGAAGAAAGUAUCCAAAGGAUUUGCGCUAAGUUGGACAGAGAAAAUGAUGAAUGUGACAGUAUUGGAGAAAAUGUGGCCCAUAAACUGCGCCGAAUGGACAGCGACCAGAAAAUGUAUGCUGAAUUAUUACUUCACCGUCUUCUCUUCCUUGGUGUUCAAAAGAAAUUAUGCGAGGAAUCUCAUAUAUGUAUAAAUUCGGCACAUAGCGUUUCAUCUCAUUAUAAUACUAUGUUGCCAAUGCAACUUCAAUACAAUCAACAGCCACAACCUUUAACUCCUUCUCCUUUCCAACCCAUAUUAACAAAUCAGCAACAACAAACUUUCACUUCUUCGCAACACACAUCAACUUACAAUCAGCAACAAAAUGUCACUCUUUCCCGACCCUCAGCAACUAUUUCUGAAACACAGUACACAAAUGCAGAAGGAGAAAACCUCGACAUAAAUAUAAACUAUAUAAGACCUCUUGAUAAAACUACCCCUGAAACAAUGGAGGAAAGCGGCAACACGUCGAAACUUAAAGGAUCUUUAACUGAAUUGCUGGUUUUUAAUCGAUGA